AUGCAUUCGCCUCUGGAGACUCAGCAGCCGGAGCGAUGCUGUCCGAUGACUUCGACGGUAUCGGAGAUCGAGGAGGUUAUACCCGAGGAAUCCGAUAGAACGACUCUUCUUAACGGCUCUAACGGAUUUUCUUCACCGGAAUCGGUUCGCCGUCGAGUGAUUGGGAAGUCUCCGGUGAACGGAGGACAACGUCGGAAUAUUUUCCGGCAGCAAUCGUUCGGUCGCGAUAUCGGUCACGCGGCAGCUGAGACUUACCUAAUUACUGGACUCAGCUUCAAACUUCUUCGAUACCUCGGGCUGGAUCUGUACUUACCAAGCAAUAAUGAUGGCAUGAAGCCGGUUGUGGUUUUUGUGACCGGUGGAGCUUGGAUUAUUGGGUACAAAGCUUGGGGCUCGCUCCUGGGAAUGCAGCUAGCAGAAAGGGAUAUCAUUGUAGCAUGUGUUGACUACAGGAACUUUCCUCAGGGAACAAUUAGUGAUAUGGUGACAGAUGCUUCUCAAGGAAUUUCAUUUGUCUGCAAUAACAUCUCUGCAUUUGGAGGUGACCCCAACAGGAUCUAUCUGAUGGGGCAAUCAGCUGGUGCCCAUAUAGCUGCAUGUGCUUUAUUGGAACAGGCUACUAAAGAAUCCAAAGGAGAGAGCAUCUCCUGGAAGGUUUCCCAGAUAAAAGCUUAUUUCGGAUUGUCCGGAGGGUACAAUCUAUACAAUUUGGUUGACCACUUCCAUAAUCGAGGCCUGUAUCGCUCGGUUUUCCUAAGCAUAAUGGAAGGAGAAGAGUCCUUUGACAAAUUCUCACCGGAAGUAAGAUUGAAAGACCCAAUUGUUGGAAAAGCCGCAUCUCUGUUGCCUCCUAUUAUACUUUACCAUGGAUCCUCAGAUUAUUCCAUACCAUCCGACGAAAGCAAAACUUUUGCAGAGGCUCUCCAAACAGUUGGAGCCAAAGCGGAGCUUAUUUUAUACAGCGGAAAGACACAUACCGACUUAUUUCUUCAGGAUCCCUUAAGAGGCGGUAAAGACGAACUCUUUGAUGACAUAGUCUCUGUGAUACACGCGGACGACAAUGAUGCGCUGGCCAAAGACUCAUUGGCUCCUCCCAGAAAGCGUCUUGUCCCAGAGUUGUUGCUGAAACUGGCUCGUGAGGUUAGCCCCUUCUGA